AUGCUACUCCCAAGGCGUGAAUUAACGAAAUUGUAUUUAGACGCUUCUCCACACCUCUCCCGCGCCUCUCAACCUUUGAGCCAACCACCAAAAAUCAAGCCACGGCAACCACGAUGUCAUAAGCAGGUUGCGAAGCGACUGCUAGAGUUCAUUCCACCGAUUCUGCCGGGCUCUGUCAUCCACGACAAUGCGUGUGGUACGGGUCCAAUGACCGAAGCUAUCAUGGGGACCGGCGUUAAAGACAUCACCAUCUUUGCGACAGAUAUGGUUCCCCAGGUAACAGAACAGCUCGCGAAGACGUCAGCGGAGAAAGGAUGGCUGGUGAAGGCGGAGGUUAUGCCUUCUGAAGCACUAGCCUUCCCUGAUGGUACAUUCGCUCACUCGAUCACCAACCUUGGCAUCAUGGUCAUGGAAGGUGCUUCUGUGGCUGCCAAACACAUCCGCCGCACCAUCAAGGAUGGUGACCUAACCGUUCUAAGUAUUUGGGAUAAGCCUCUGCCGGUUCAAGUUGUCUCCGCAGCACACCCGGGAGGCUUUAACGACAAAAAUCUUCGCGCUGUUCUGGAAAGCGCGGGUUUCAAGCCGGAGACUAUCAAGUUAGAGCGAAAGUAUGCGGUUUUGGAAGUCAAGGAUCUUUGCCUGUGGGCAUCCGCCGUUUGGAGCUUUCUUGGUUACCCAGCAACUGGGUGGACGGCUGAGGAUGAGGAGAAAUGGGACGGUGUGAUUGGCACAAUGGUCGAUUGGCUGGAAAAUUACGAGGGAUAUAAGAAGUUGGACAGUGGAGUGGUCGCAUUCACUAUGCCUGCGUACGUAGCCAUUACCAAUAAGUGA